GGGGCCGCCUGCUCUGUGGCCAGGGCAGUGACGUCACGGAAAAGCCCUGUCUGAUCAGAUGUGCUUAAUAUAAACCUGGGGGAGCCGAGCAACGGCUGGAGAGAGGCAGCCAGUUGGAAGCAGAGAGGAGUUUACUCCAGCAGAGCGGCACCCCAGCCUGCGCUCACUCGCUCGCUCACUCGCUCGCUCCAGUGUGAACAGGAGAUUCCCCGGGAUCCCGCCGCUGCCUUGACUGGAAGGGACUGUGAAAAGUCAGGUAGUGUGUGUGUGUAAGAGGGAACCAACAAUGACUCUGAACAAUGUCACCAUGCGCCGAAGCAGCACAGCCCUGCAGGCACAGCAGCAGCGCUGGAGCAUUCCUGCAGAUGGGAGGCACCUGACGGUCCAGAAAGACCCACACCCAUACAGCAACCGCAACCGAUACUCCAUGAACCCAGAAGACUACUACCGUCGAAGCUGGUCAUCUGACUCCACAGAUUCAGUCAUCUCCUCUGAGUCUGGAAAUACAUACUACCGAGUGGUGCUGAUUGGGGAACACGGUGUGGGCAAGUCUACCCUGGCCAACAUCUUUGCAGGUGUGACCGAUAGCAUGGACAGUGACUGUGAGGUAUUGGGAGAAGACACCUAUGAACGAACCCUGAUUGUUGAUGGGGAAAGUGCAACCAUCAUCUUGUUGGACAUGUGGGAAAAUAAGGGGGAAAAUGAAUGGCUCCAAGAUCAUUGCAUGCAGGUAGGGGAUGCCUACCUGAUUGUCUACUCCAUCACUGACAGAGCAAGUUUUGAGAAGGCAUCUGAGCUUCGAAUUCAGCUUCGCCGGGCUCGCCAAACAGAAGACAUUCCCAUUAUUUUAGUUGGGAACAAAAGUGACCUGGUGCGGUGCCGAGAAGUGUCUGUGUCAGAAGGGAGAGCAUGUGCAGUGGUCUUCGAUUGCAAGUUCAUUGAGACCUCUGCUGCAGUUCAGCACAAUGUGAAGGAGCUGUUUGAAGGCAUUGUCCGGCAGGUGCGCCUGAGGCGGGAUAGCAAGGAGAAGAAUGAGAGGAGACUGGCCUACCAGAAGAGGAGAGAGAGCAUCCCCAAGAAAGCCCGCAGGUUCUGGGGCAAGAUAGUGGCCAAGAAUAACAAGAACAUGGCCUUCAAGCUGAAAUCCAAGUCUUGCCAUGACCUCUCUGUGCUUUAGAAGCUUUGGCCUCCCCAAGAUGUCCUCCUUUAUGGACAUUGUUAAAGUCCAGUGGGACCAAUAAUCAAUCUACAUUAGAUUGGAUGCUCACUCAUUGUUAGACUUGGUGUCCCCAUUGCCAUUGGGAAUUGGCAACAUGCAACACAGUGCAUGGGAAAUGAGAGGUCUUUGUUACUUGUCAGUAUUUAUUCAUAGGAAAAGGCUUGUCUUCACUACCUGAAUCCAUCCAGACUCACUGUAGGGCAAGUUUUGCUGUUGACAUGUUUUUUUUUCUUCUCUCUUUUUGAUAACAGCAGAAUUUUAAAAAUAAAAAUAGAACCCAUAGGAUAAGAACAUUUCUUUAUUAACAUAACUUUAUCCAGUGCUCUGCCCAAAUGGAUUUGAAGCCAACAUGGUAUCAACCUAUAUACCUUCUGAGGGUUAUUCAGGAUGGGGACAUUUGUCCUUUUUCCACUAUAAGAAUGGCCUCCCCAGUCAAACUCAGAGGUGCCUUGUUAACGCUUUAUAGAGUUAUGACUGGAGUGCUGGCCCCCUUACUAUGACAAUAUUGUUCCUUGGUAAAGCUGUGAAAAGAAGUGACUGACCUCACUGGAAACUGAACCUAGAAAUCAGUUUUGUUAAGUGCCAGCAGCUAGAAAUCUGCAAUUCCGUAGACUAGGUAAUUGAUAUAUGUACCCCUCAUAUGGUGUCAAAGAUUAUAUAUCCUUGAAUAUGUAGCUUACCUUUUUGGUGUGUGUUGUUGUUGAUUUAGGGGAGAAAUCCUUUUAACGAAGUUCUCCUUCAAGUCAAAAUUCUCUUUAAAACGAUCGUCUUUUGUUAUGCCACAGAGCCAUUAAAAAAAAAAAUCAGAUCUUUUUAAAAAAAAAAGUCUGAUUAUUGCAAUCAGGAGUGCAACUGCCAAAUGUCUGAAUACAAGCAGUGGUCUGAGCUUUUAUAAAACAUUUAUCUGUGCCCAUGUACUUCUGGUACUUGGCAUCAGCCCUUGUGUAUGUCACAGCUAUCCCAUAUUUAUUAUUGUUAUUCUGUAGAAAGAAUAAACAUUUUAAUAUUUGAUAAUGUGUAUUUAUGAACAGAUUUCUUAAUGGGAAAAUGUUGAUUUUUAUUACUGUUUUCUAUCUUUUUCAGAAUAUGCCAUUUUUACCUACAUGUCUUGUAAUAAAAGAAAUAAAAAAUG